AUGAAUAGCUUAUGUAUUCCCGAGCAAAGACACGCUCAUGCCUUCGCUUUGAGGUGCCUCCGUGCACGUGGACGGAGGCACGACGUGCCUCCGUUCUCAUGCACGGAGGUUGCCUUAGGAACGUGCCUCCGUGAACGUGAACGGAGGCACGACGUGCCUCCGUUCUUGUACACGGAGGCAAGCUGCCACUACACCAGGACGGAGGCAUGCACGCGAACGGAGGCACGACUGCCUCCAUUCUCGUGCACAGAGGCAAGCUGCCACUGCAUCAGGACGGAGGCACUCUGGUGUCUUCGUGCACAGCGUGCUUCCGUGCACAUGAACGGCUCCGUACACUAUCGCUGCCUUAGGAGCGUGCCUCCGUGCAAGCGAACGGAGCCACGUCUCUGGUGCCUCCGUCUUACUUUCCCCUUUCAUUUCUCACUCCUAAAAUUUCCACUUGUCUCUACUGCUUUACCGAAAAGAAAUCUCUCGAUGAACCCUAAUAUCUCUUAUUCUCUCUCAAUUCUCUACGGAAGCAAGCAAAACUUCCGCCUGUGUUUUGACUUCCCGAUUGGAGUUGAUUCGGCAACCACCAUCAUCAGUACCUCGCUGGAAAAGGAGUUCUGUAGAAUUGGUGAUGAUUCUUGCCUUGUCCUAUGGGAUGCUAGAAUUGGCUCUGCUCCUAUUGUUAAGGUGGGCAAGGGUUUGUCUAAAGAUGCCGAGCCACAAAAGUUGGCGUUUCAACAUUGGAUUGAAGCUGGUCAUAGUUCUUUAUCUGGACAGAAGCAGAAAUUUACUUCUUUUAGAAUCUAUUUUAGAACGGGACAGAAGCAGAAAUUUUCGGAUGAUACUCAGGACCCUAAAGAAGAUGUACAACAGUUAGGGCAUGCAAAGUACUGGAUCAGAUCAUACCACUUUGAUACCAUCAAGCUCACUGAUAUGCUCUCUAAUUCCCCUGACAUCUCAGUGGUAAAGACUUGUUAUGAAAUUGUCUCUUGCUAA